AUGACCCGCAUAAGGCAGGGUGUCUUCUCCUGGGAGGACGUGCUCGUCCAACGAUACCAGAGCAACAAGCCCCCUGUCCUCCCACGUCGCCGCCACACUCUCUCAGUAUGGCAACCACAGCCCCAGUGCUAUCUACUAUCCCGUCUAUCCCCCGAGCUUCGUCUCAUGAUCUGGGAAUACGUCCUCGGCAGCCAACGGCUACAUAUAAUCCAGCGCAGCGGUCAAAAGCUGGGACACAUGGUCUGUCCGCUCAGCGAGAACCGAACACCAGAUAAGACACGGCGCAGAGUCCACGGCAACUUCUGUGAGAUUUGUACCGGGGCUGGAAUCGCGCAACCUGUCAAAGAAGGCGAUCUGCGUCGGACGGAUAUCCUGCUAGGCCUCGCUUUAACCAGUCGGCAAAUAUACGACGAAUCAAUCCACCUCCUCUAUACACUCAAUACCUUCGAAUUUAGCAACCCCUGGACCCUGCCAUAUCUCCGCCCAACUCUCCCUCCAGAUACCUGGGAAUGUAUCCGCAACGUCGAGCUCCGCUGGUCAUUUCCCGGCCACUGGCUUCCAAGCAAAGAUCCCGUGCGCGCAGUCUACGUCUCAGCAGGACGCGUGCAGUGGCUGGAAACAUGUCGCAUGCUGAAUAAUCUCCCUGCACUGCAAUCAUUCGUGUUGGUACUCGGUAGUAGCUGGUUCUGCGAGCCCGUGGAGAAAUUGCCUUUAUUUCUCGAGCCGCUGCGUGGAUUGCGUGUGAAUUGCCCGCGCGGACUCGUCCGACGGACCGUGGGGCUCGAUCCGGAGUUGUGGGAGGUUAGUUCGGAUGAGGAGUCUGCCUCGAGUUUUGGAUCUGGAUCUGGACCCAGUUCAAGUUCUUCCAGCUUCGGCUCGACGUCAAGUGCAGGCGCGAGUCCAUUUUCGAGUCCGAGGCCGGUCUUUUCUUCUCGAACAAGCUCUUGUCCUCAGUUUACGACGGGGAAGCUUCCUGAGGAGAGUUCACUCCCGGUUAAGGAAGACCCGGCGCUGGCGUCAUGGGAACUCAGAUUGCAGGGCCAGUCAUAUUACGUGAACGAGCUGGGGAAGGUCGGUGAGGAUUUGCAGCGGAGGGGGAUCGACUGUUGCAUCACGACUGCGUGA